GCAAUGGAAAAUCCGGAAGUGCUUGUAAGCAGCUGCAAUAACCAGGAUGAUGAAAACUUAUACAGUGUAAAGCAUCAUCCGCCAAUGUGCCGGCUUCUGGAAGAUCAGUUGAGAAGGAAACUUAAAUUUUUCUUUAUGAAUCCCUGUGAAAAAUUCUGGGCCCGAGGGAGGAAACCAUGGAAGCUUGGCAUACAAAUUCUGAAAAUAGCCAUGGUUACUAUCCAGCUUGUAGUUUUUGGGCUAAGUAAUCAAAUGGUGGUUGCAUUUAAAGAAGAAAACACGGCAUCCUUUAAGCAUCUAUUCCUGAAAGGUUAUAUGGACAGCAUGGAUGACACCUAUGCAGUGUACACACAAGCUGAGGUCUAUGACCAGAUCUCCUUCACAAUAAACCAGUUCUUACAGCUGCGUACUAUUUCUGUUGGAAAUCAUGCCUAUGAAAAGAGAGGAACCGAAGAGACACCCAUGGCAAUAUGUCAGUACUUCUACAAGAGAGGAAUUAUCAGCCCUGGAAAUGACACUUUCGAUAUUGACCCAGAAAUUGAAACUGAGUGUCUUUAUGUGGAGCCAAUACUACCUCUGGAAAAUAGUACACUGAGGAAGACCCCUUUCAAUUUCACUUUAGACUUCCAUAGACUUGUGACUCUGACGCUCAUGUUCAAAUUGAAGGCCAUUAAUCUCCAGACCAUUCGACAGCAUGAACUCCCAGACUGCUACGAUUUCACGCUAACAAUAGUAUUUGAUAACAAAGCUCAUAGUGGAAGAAUUAAAAUAAGCCUAGACAAUGAUAUUGCCAUUGAGGAAUGUAAAGACUGGCAUGUUUCUGGAUCAAUACAGAAGAAUACCCACUACAUGAUGAUCUUUGAUGGUUUUGUCAUACUGACAUGUCUUGCAUCACUGGUUCUCUGCACACGAUCUGUAAUUAAAGGAAUUCAUCUACAAAGGGAAUUUGUGACUUUUUUCCAACAUCACUAUAAGAAAGAAGUAUCUUUCUCUGAUCUGAUGGAAUUUGUCAAUGGAUGGUAUAUCAUGAUCAUAAUUAGCGACCUUCUUACCAUAAUUGGUUCUACAUUAAAGAUGGAGAUACAAGCUAAGAGUCUGACAAGCUAUGAUGUCUGCAGUAUCCUCUUAGGAACUUCCACCAUGCUUGUGUGGCUUGGAGUAAUCCGCUACCUCAGCUUCUUUCAGAAGUAUAAUCUGCUUAUUUUGACUCUCCGUGCAGCAUUGCCCAAUGUCAUUCGAUUUUGCUGCUGUGCAGCUAUGAUUUAUCUGGGUUAUUGCUUCUGUGGCUGGAUUGUGCUGGGCCCAUAUCAUGCUAAGUUCCAUACCUUGAAUAUGGUUUCUGAGUGUCUUUUCUCUUUGAUAAAUGGAGAUGACAUGUUUGCUACUUUUGCAAAAAUGCAACAGAAAAGCUACCUGGUAUGGCUAUUCAGUCGGAUCUACCUCUACUCUUUCAUUAGCCUCUUUAUCUACAUGGUUCUCAGUCUCUUCAUUGCCCUAAUUACAGACACGUAUGAAACAGUUAAGCAUUACCAGCAUGAAGGCUUUCCAGAGACAGAGCUUCAUUCAUUCAUAGCCCAGUGCAAAGAUCUGCCAAACUCUGGAAGAUACAGAUUAGAAGAAGAGAGUCCUAUAAAUAUCUUCUGCUGUUGUAAAAGGUUAGUGACUAAAGGACUGGGUGGCAGCCGCAUCAUCUGA